AGGGUCUCAGGGCCCCGGGGAUGGGGGUUGUUCGGCGCGAGCUCCCCGCAGGGAAAGAUCAAGGCCACGCCUGUCCGAGUCGCCAUCGGUGGCAUCUGGAGACGCGACUCCGACUGGACCUAGCACUGCCGCGGGAAAGGGGCUGGCCCCGCGCAAAGUUGGGGCGGCUUCUGUGGCCACACCUUCACCCAGGAGAGCGCCCCUCCGUGCCGCCUCCCGAGGGAUCGCAUUUGCAAGGAGCAGAGAUUGCUGCGUUUCUGUUUCUCGUCCACUUGAACCCGGAGUAAUACAGAAAGUGCGCAGUGAUCCGGUUGCGUAUCGCUAGCAAGUCCGGCGCAAUGCUUCUGCGCGAAGAGGUGUCCCGGCUCCAGGAGGAAGUGCACCUUCUCCGGCAGAUGAAGGAGAUGCUGGCCAAGGACCUGGAGGAGUCGCAGGGCGGCAAGGCCUCCGAGGUCCUCUCAGCCACAGAGCUCAGGGUGCAGCUGGUGCAGAAGGAGCAGGAGCUGGCCAGAGCCAAAGAGGCCUUGCAGGCCAUGAAGGCCGACCGGAAGCGCUUAAAGGGCGAGAAGACGGACCUGGUGAGCCAGAUGCAGCAGCUGUACGCCACGCUGGAGAGCCGCGAGGAACAGCUGCGGGACUUCAUCCGCAACUAUGAGCAGCACCGCAAGGAGAGUGAGGACGCGGUCAAGGCCCUGGCCAAGGAGAAGGACCUGCUAGAGCGGGAGAAGUGGGAGCUGCGGCGCCAGGCCAAGGAGGCCACGGACCAUGCAGCGGCCCUCCGCUCCCAGCUGGACCUCAAGGACAACCGCAUGAAGGAGCUGGAGGCUGAGCUGGCCAUGGCCAAGCAGUCCUUAGCCACGCUGACCAAGGACGUCCCCAAGCGGCAUUCGCUCGCCAUGCCAGGCGAGACGGUGCUCAAUGGCAACCAGGAGUGGGUGGUGCAGGCGGACCUCCCGCUGACGGCAGCCAUCCGGCAGAGUCAGCAGACCCUCUACCACUCCCACCCUCCCCACCCUGCAGACCGGCAAGCGGUCAGGGUGAGCCCCUGCCACUCCCGGCAGCCCUCCGUCAUCUCCGACGCAUCUGUGGCUGAAGGCGACCGAUCGUCCACACCGAGCGACAUCAACUCCCCGCGCCACCGGACGCACUCCCUCUGCAACGGCGACAGUCCCGGCCCGGUUCAGAAGAACCUGCACAACCCUAUUGUACAGUCACUAGAGGAUCUUGAAGACCAAAAACGGAAAAAGAAGAAAGAAAAGAUGGGAUUCGGCUCCAUCUCCCGCGUCUUUGCCAGGGGAAAGCAGCGGAAGUCCCUCGACCCCGGCCUCUUUGAUGGUACCGCCCCUGAUUAUUACAUAGAGGAGGACGCGGACUGGUGAUACUGCCGCCUUCGCCCGCCGCCGCGGGCGUGUGUGUGGCCGUGCGUGGGAGCGAGCGUGGGGGGGCGUGGACCCGGGGUGGGGGUGCGUGUGCGCGUGUGGCCUCCCUGCCACGCGUGGGUGCUGCGUGUGGCCCAGUGCCCCGUCGGGCAGAAACACCGUGUGACCCUCCCCUGCGCCGUCACCUCUGUAACUGAUGUACAUACCGCAAACCGUGUGUGAUUCUGUCAAUUAUGUUGUCUUAGAGCGAUACAGUUGUGUUUGUUAAUCUGGUUUAUUAUUUUUUUUUUCAAUGUUUGGUUGUCUUUUUUUUUUUCUUCCAUUUUGUUUGGUUCGUUGGUUUCUUUCUUUACCCUUCCCUCCUCCCCUCUCCUCCUCCUCUUUUUUAUGAAACUUGAAAACUUGAAGGACUGCUGUGUAUUUGUAAAUAACAAAACUGUCACACCCUCCGUACUUGUAAAUGUCCCUCGUCCAAACCGCUGCUCCUGGAGCCUGCCUCGCCGAGGACGUGGUCUGUUCUUGACGUCCCCCUCCUCCUGCUGCCCCGCCCCCAGUGUGAACCUGUAGGACCAGACCCCUGUUCUCGGGGUGCGCCCAAGUCACUUUAGCCACAAAAUGCCAUCGUCGUCAGGGUAAGGUCGCUCUCCGCAAAGACUCGUGAGCCCAGCCGGCCAAGGGCCUGCUCCCAGCCGGGUUUCUAGUAGGGUCACACGGGCCCUUUUUAAUGGCCUGCCUGUUUUUAAAUUGCGUUGCCGUUUCUUUCUUUAUGGAAAAAAAAAGAAAAAGAAAAUUGUCUUGUUUAAUUUAUUUGCACAAAUGCAGAAGACAUAUUCUAUCUAAAUUAUUACGUAAAUAUCGGAAUGUAUAUUUUUCCAUGGGGUGGGCGGGAGGCGGGGUUUUCGUUGACUCGUGUGUUCUAUGUUCAUGCUGCUGCGACGUAGAGGUUAGGGUGGCCAGAACCAGGGACCAUCGGAUGCCAGGCUUGCUUUUCCUUUCUCCUCUGGCCCUCCUGUCUCCCGCCCUGCAUGAAAGGGCCACCUGCCGCCCCUCGCCCCUCCUUCUCUGGCCUUUCUCUCUCUAUUUAUUUAUCUGACAUGCAGAACACGACCUUUGAGCAGAGCGCAGACUGUCACAGGUCCCUUCUCAGGCCUGUCAUUGGGAAAGGGGGGGGAGAUGACUGAGGCGCAUCUACAGGACGCCAUGAGAGGGACCCGGGGCCUGAGACACUUGCCCGAGGGGCCAGCUGUGCGCUCCUGCCCACGGCUGUGCGCUUCCUGACCUCGGUUACUCUGCACAUGGGCCAGGCAGGUGUCAGGGUGGUGGUACCCACCUUCAGGGGCAGGCUGCCAGGGACACAGGUCCAACACCUGACCCUCUGCCCUGCCUGUUGCAGUCGGUCCUUCAGCCACACCCAUGUCUCUUGAGAACCCUCAGGCCCUGUCCCCCCAGCUGUCGAGGCAGCCUGAGUCCGCUCCCCCAGGAGAGGAGAGCCGGCAGGAGCCUCUGCCCAUCUAGGGACCCGCGCUGGCCCCAGCGAGGUUCCCCCAGCCAGGAGCUCUGUGCACUCUGACUCGGGGUGAAGAGAGAGCCCCAGCGGCAAUCCUUUGCCCUGUGACCCCGUCCUGCUCCUCCUUAACGACUAACCGCUCGGUCCACACAGCCCUCUGGACCACAGUAGUGGCGCUUCUGCUUACAGUGACCUUUUCAGCUGUUAGAAGGCAACAAGGCAAUUUUCAAAUGCUGGAGCAUCUGGAAUGGAUAGGAUAUUUGGCCCAAAAUGUCUAAAACAAAAUGGAAAGCCCUGGUCAGCUCCUCUGUCCCUUCCGACCUACGUCGGGGCCAGGGAACGCACGCAGGGCAUCUCAGCUGACUCUGCCUGCCUGCUUUGCCCGCCGUAACCCAGCCUGGGUGGUGAGCAGCAGUGGCCCCAGCGGGCAUCCAGAGUCUAAUUUUAGAAAAUCUUUUCUCCCCCAUGAAUUUUUUUUUUUUUUUUGGUUGAUUUUUAUGGUUUUUCCUUUACUUAUGAGAAAAUACAAUUGCAACCACUCUUGGUAAUGAUUUAGUAGUUCCUUUUCAUUUCAGUUUUUGUAAAUUAGGAGAUAAUUCUAAGAGUUACUGAGGAUGAUUUAUUUAAGAGAACUACGUCAAAUAGCGAAUGAGUUAUGGGUAACAUUAGCUGAAAAUAACCUUUCCCAUGGGAAAGGUUUCUCAAAGGCAUGGAUGCAAAUAUAAAAUAUUAAAAAAAAUCUAAAUAAAGCUUAUUUUAAAAUAUGAUCGAA